UCUCUGCUUAAUUCAUAGAACAUUUAUAGUUGUUUAUCAAUUCCAUUUAGUUUCCAUGGCUUCUCAUCAACAAAGCCAGCUUCACUUUCUCUUGUUGCCCUUUCCGGCCUCAGGCCACUUGAUCCCAAUGACAGACAUUGGCAGACUGUUGGCACAACAAGGGAUCCUUGUCACCCUAGUCACCACCCCACAUAAUGCAGCACGUGUUGAAGCGGUCGUUACUCGAGCCGUAGAAUCAGGGCUCCAAAUCCGGUUAAUCCAACUGAAAUUUCCAAGUGAAGAAGCAGGAUUGCCUGAUGGUUGCGAGAACCCUGAAUUGCUACCUUCACAAGACCUGAUCUUGAAUUUUUUUGCAGCAACUGCCCUGCUUCAACAGCCGGUAGAGAAACUGUUUGAAGAGCUUAUCCCGAAGCCAAACUGCAUAAUCUCAGACAUGUGUCUUCCAUGGACAGCCAGCAUUGCCAGCAAGUUUCACAUUCCAAGGAUAUCUUUCAGUGGAACAUGCUGCUUCUGUCUCUUGUUCAUUCACAAUUUGCGCGUAUCCAAAGUUCUUGAGAAUGUGACAUCCGAAUCAGAGUACCUUGUUGUACCUGACUUGCCUGAUCAAAUUGAGAUAACGAAAGCCCAGGUUUCCGGGAGGCUGACAACAAGAGUGAAAGGUUUUACUGAAAAAGUGGCAGCAGCUGAGAUGGAGUCAUAUGGGAUGAUCGUUAAUACUUUUGAGGAAUUGGAGCCAGAAUAUGUUAAAGAAUACAGGAAUGCAAGAAAGAAUAAAGUCUGGUGCAUUGGCCCUGCUUCACUAUGCAACAAAGAUGACUUGGACAAGGCACAAAGGGGUAACAAGGCCUCAAUUGAUGAACAUCACUGCUUGAAGUGGCUUGACUCGUGGGCACCAGGUUCUGUAGUUUAUGCUUGCCUUGGAAGUAUGUGUAACCUCAUCUCUGAACAACUGAUAGAGCUUGGGUCGGGGUUAGAGGCAUCAAAUAAACCGUUCAUUUGGGUUGUAAGGGGAUACAAGCAAUCAGAGGAACUGGAGAAAUGGAUUUCAGAAAAUGGAUUCAAGGAAAGAACGAAAGAAAGGAGCCUUCUGAUUCGGGGUUGGGCUCCACAAACACUUAUAUUAUCACAUCCUGCAAUUGGCGGGUUCUUAACACACUGUGGCUGGAACUCCACAUUGGAAGCGAUAUGUGCCGGGUUGCCCUUGAUCACAUGGCCAUUGUUUUCAGACCAAUUCCUCAAUGAGAAACUAGUUGAACAGAUUCUAAAGAUUGCAGUGAAAGUUGGGGUGGAAUAUCCACUAAAGUGGGGAGAGGAGGAGAAGAUUGGGGUGUUGGUUAAAAAGGAAAAUGUGAAGGAGGCCAUAGAAAAAUUGAUGGAUGGAGAAGAAAGCCAAGGCAGAAGAGAAAGAGCUAAAAAGUUUGGAGAGAUGGCAAGGAGAGCAGUAGAAGAAGGGGGAUCUUCUCACCUCAACAUUGCACUGCUAAUCCAAGAUAUCAUGCAACAGGGAAGUAACUGCAGUCAGACAAACUAAGAAGAGAUCAUGUGACAUACUUAUCAGAUGGCAUGUUGCUGCUGACUAUCCAUAAUUAAAGUUGUUAAUGUAAUUACAUAUCCCCAAACCCACUUAAUGUUAUUUUUUGGUGUGCCUCAGCUGGUACUUCCUCAGUUGCUA